CUUAUCGAACACAAAUAUCGUCAAAACAAUCAUGUCUAAUCGUCCCCUGGGUCCAGUUGUCACAUUGCCUCCGGCCAAACUACCCUCUGAGGAUACCCUCACCGGCCGCACGGUUGCUCUGACCAAACUAAACGCAGAUUACGCCGCUCAGCUAUUCCCUCUAGUCGGAGGUGACGAUGAAAACAAAACCGCCCUCUGGGACUACAUGCCCGAUGGCCCAUUCAGCGAUUUGGAGACUUUCCAAGAAGCCAUCGCGGCCAAAUCGCGGUCUUUGGAUCCGUUCUAUUUCGCCGUCAUAGACCUCCGCCAGGAAGACCAGAAUCCCACGGCGGGGCAUGCUGUGGGCUACCUCUCGUUAAUGAACAUCGUCCCUCAGCACCUCAGCAUCGAGAUUGGGAAUGUGCUGUUCUCUCCGACAUUGCAGCGGACGACAGUUGCUACCGAGGCGUUCUACCUGCUUCUCAAAUAUGCAAUUGAAGAUCUGGGGUUCCGCCGAGUCGAGUGGAAGUGUAAUGCGCUGAAUGCGCCUUCCAGACGGGCUGCGCUGAGAUUGGGGUUUACCUUUGAGGGGGUCUUCAGGCAGCAUAUGGUGAUCAAAGGGAGGAAUAGAGAUACGGCAUGGUUCUCGAUGUUGCGUGAUGAGUGGGAGGGGGAGUGGCUGCAGGAGAGCAACUUUGAUGAAAGUGGUAGGCAGAAGAAGAGUCUUGAACAGCUGCGGACGGGAAGACAAUCAUAACUCAGACCAAGAGGUGGUUUUUUGCGCUUUUCUUCCUUGUGGGCUCUUCUUAUGGAGGCUGUGCUCCAAACUAGACUGGAUAGAGUGGUCUCUUUCGCAAAAAUGUCCGGUCGCAUAUACGUCUGGUUGUUCUAUUUGUGGAUCCUCAUUUCCAUGAUAUUUUCAAGAAUCUUAGAAAAACAUCUGUG